UCUCUCUCUCUCUCUCUCUCUCUCUCUCUAACUCUUAUUAAAGGCACAGGAGGAAGCCUGUCCACCUCCCACCGCUGGUUUCCUUCUCUAGCUGGUGAUCUUUUCCUUUGCUGUUUUGUUGAAGAGAUGAAGAAAAUUGUGGUGAAGGUGGACGUACAGGACGACAAGGAGAAGCAGAAGGCCAUGAAUGCCGUCUCCGCGCUGCAAGGGAUCGACUCCAUCGCGAUGGACAUGAAGGAGAGGAAGAUGACGGUGAUCGGCGCCGUCGAUCCCAUCAACGUCGUAGAGAAACUGAGGAAAUGCUGGCCCACCGCGAUCGUCUCGGUCGGGCCCAAGGAAGAGCCGAAGAAGGAAGAGGCCAAGAAGGACGAGGGGGACAAGAAGAAAGAGUGUGACAAGAUGAUCAAGGAGCUCGUCGACGCCUACAAGGCGUACAACCCUUGCAUGACCACCCGAUACUGCGUGCAGAGCGUCGAGGAGAACCCCAACGCCUGCGUCAUCCUGUGAAGUCAUGUUAUUGUUGGAUGAAAUGAUGAUGGAGGAGUCGAAGCCUUUCUUGAUUGUAUGGUUCGAGGAAUUCACAGUCCAAAGAUAAAAGCUUCAUGGUUUCGCUUUCA